CAAACUCGAUAAAGAUAAAUAAAAUAAUAAACAUUUAAAUACAACCAUAAUAAUAAUAUUAUUAAAUUAUAAUUAAUAUAAAUUUUAUUCAAAUAGUAUCGAUACUAUAUAUUUAUAAUAAUAAUAAAAUUUUUAUAACGCAACAUUAAAUAUACAACAAUUAAUAAAUAGUAAUAAAUAAUAAUAAUAAUAUAAAUAAUAAUAAUAAUAACAACAAAUUUUAAUAUUAAAAGAAAAAAGUUUUAAACUCAUAGUUGAAAUUAACUUUUUUAAAGCUAUUUUAAGUUUAAUUAAUAUUUAUAAAGUUUAUUUAAGAUUAUAUAAGGAGAAUUUAUAAGCCUAAUUACAUUUGAUAGUCACUCAUUAUUUCUAUUAUUUUAUUUUUGUUAUUUUUUAUUAUAGUAGAACCAUAGAAUUUUAUAUAUAUUUUUUUUUUUAUUAUUUUUUUAUAAAAAUAUAUUAAAUAUAUAUAUAAUUUAUAUUCUAUUAUAAUAACAAUAACAAUAGUUUAAUAAUAAUAAAAAUAAUAGUAUAUAAAAAAAUAUAAAUAAUAAAUAAUAUCUUAUAAUAGUAAAUAAAAAUAGAAAUAAAUUAUAGUUUUUUUUAAUAAAUCUUUUUUAUAAUAGUAUUAAAAUGGCUUUAGAAACCGAGGUUAAUUUAAAUAAUUUAGACGAGUUUGGGUUAGGUUCUAAUCAACUUAUUGUCAGUAAAGGAAUGAGUAUCUGCAGGGAUUUUUUAAUAUCCAAACUUUCUGACUAUAUAGGAGGAACAGACUCAAAAUUUAUUAUAAACGAAAAUGAUUUAGAUAUGGGGUUCACAUCAGAUGACCUCUCAACUACAAUAACUAGCGAUAUGAUAAAAGAUUUAAAAAAACAGAUUAUAAACCAACAAAAUUUUAUUCAAAACAAAAUAAAAAAUAAGUCUAAUAAUAACAAUAAUAAUAACAGUAUCAUUCAAUUUUUCAUCAAGUAUAUGGUCAAUUCGUUUUAUUCAGGGGAUUCGAAUACUUUAAAAGGAUUGCUUUAUGAAGUCUUAAAUUUUAGAAAUAUGUGGGCCCACCAACGUCCUUUUAGUGUAGAUGACGCAAACCGACUUCUUGAUACUCUUGAAAGACUUUUCAUAACCUUGGGUGAUUGUAAAAUGGCUUCUAUGAUGCAAACUCUAAAGCAUACUCAUUAUUUCUAUAGCUUUAACAAAAUUUACGGUUUAUUAUCUUUAGACAAAAACUCAUCAGGCAAGAAAUUUUCAAAUUCAUCAAGUUAAUUAAUUCAGGAGGUGCCCAAGCGUUUAAUACAAAUAUAAAUAAUUAUAUGUAUAAUAAUAAUAAUAAUAAUAAUAUAAAUAACAAUAACAAUAUCAAUAAUAAUAUGAAUAAUAUGAAUAAUAAUAAUGUCAUUAUGAAUGGUAUUAAUAAUUCCUCACCCUCCUCAUCUCCACACAAUGGCAAUGUAAUGAAUUUAAAUAAUAAUAAUUUCAUUAAUAAUAAUAACAAUAAUAACAUGAAUAUGAACAGCCAACACCCAAAUAAUAUUAAUUUAGAUAAUCAAAACUCAUUAUUUUCCAAUAAUAACUAUCAUACAAUGACAAU